CCGAGCGUGAGGGAGCGGGAAGGAGCGGCGGCGGCCGCCAUGCACCGGCCGCUCACCCCGCCGCGCUCCAGCGACGCCUCCUUGGCCGACUCCGGCGGAUCAUUCAAUAGAAGAAAACGAAACUCCCUCUACGUAACUGUGACUCUGCUCAUUGUGUCAGUGUUAAUACUAACAGUGGGGCUCGCGGCGACAACAAGAACCCAAAAUGUGACUGUCGGAGGUUAUUACCCCGGGGUUAUUCUUGGUUUUGGAUCAUUUCUUGGAAUCAUUGGAUCAAACCUGAUUGAAAAUAAAAGGCAAAUGCUGGUGGCUUCCAUCGUCUUCAUCAGUUUUGGGGUGAUCGCUGCAUUUUGCUGUGCCAUUGUGGAUGGUGUGUUUGCUGCCAGGCAUAUAGACCUUAAACCUCUGUAUGCAAACCGAUGCCGCUACUACCCCAAGACCCCCCAAAAGGAAAUAGAAGAGGUGUUUUGCCCAUUACCCACCCGGGGUGCAUGCACCCCCAAAAUAAAGGGCAAUACCUGCUUCUGCUGUGACCUCUACAACUGUGGCAAUCGUGUGGAGAUUUCUGGAGGGUAUUAUGAAUAUAUUGACGUCAGUAGCUGCCAAGACAUCAUCCAUCUUUACCACUUGCUCUGGUCCGCCACCAUUUUGAAUAUAGUGGGACUGUUUCUGGGAAUCAUCACUGCUGCAAUCCUCGGAGGCUUUAAAGACAUGACUCCCUCUCUGCCGACAUUGAACUGUACAGUUGAAAAUGCCCAUCCUACAGUAUCUUAUUAUUCAAGGCCGCAGGUGGCAUCAUAUAACACCUACUAUCACAGCACUCCUCACCUGCCACCAUAUUCAGCUUAUGAUUUCCAGCAUUCCAGUGUCUUUCCAGCCUCCACUCCAUCCGGCCUCUCAGACGAGCCCCAGUCCACGUCACCAACGCAUAGCUACAUGUGGUCAGCGAAUGCUCCUCCACGGUACUCUCCCCCAUAUUUUCCACCUUUUGAAAAGCCGCCACCUUACACCCCAUAAAGAAAAACACCUGCCGUCGAGCUCCCUGUGGACAUUUCCAUUUAUCUAUUUUGUUGGAGGCGGGGACAGAGUAGGCUCGAAAGGAUGAUCCCUACCCACGGUCGAAGAGGCUAACAGCCGCCUAGCAGUUUAGGCGGAGGCUGGUUCGCCUCAGGGCAGAGAUGGGGUGCCCGCCCCUCUCACUCUUGCUAGCUCAUGCUUUCUACCCGCGAGGGCUGGAAUCAAGUAGGAGCUUCGCAUGCUGCGGCCUCUAUUAUCCUCUGGCUCUACUUCUGUAUUCAGCAUCUGCCUGGUUGCCAUCUGUUUCAUUUUGUGCAAAUUGGGCGGAGCCUUAGGCAACUGGCAAAUUGCCACCCUAACCCCUCGGCUGAAACACCUGGUGCACAGUCUGCCAGUCCCCCAGCUACCGCGGCCAGACCCCGAGGCCAACUCUCCAGCCGAGGGGCGGGAGAGACCCAGGAGGCCCUGGGCUGGAUGCUUUUCCACCCGGAAUUGACAGCCAGGGUCCGGCUUGGGUAUCUUGUUUCAGGACGCUGAAGGCAGCCGGCGAAAAGAGCCCCGGCCUGACUUCAGAGAGGGUUGGCGAAGUGGUCCCUGUGAGCGUAACAGGUUGGAUCCCAUUGUGGUUUCUGCCAAAGGGAAAAGUGCAAUAUUCCUUCUCACAGCAGGGAAUCGGGACAUCAACACACACACACACACACACA